AUGAGGUACAACCAGCUCGGAGUCUCGGACCUCGAGCUCUCGCACGUGGGCCUUGGGGGAGCGAGCUUCAGCAACAUCUAUGGAAAUUUCGAUGAAGAAAAGAGCUUGGCGAUAAUCAAUGAAGCCCUGACUCGAGGAGUGAACUACAUCGAGACCAGCUACUGGUACGGUCAGGGCGUUUCCGAGAAAACCAUAGCGAAGGCACUGACGGGUGUGCCAAGGAAGUAUUACUAUAUCGGGAGUAAGGUCGGCCGUUAUGAGAAAGACAUGGCCAAUAUGUUCGACUUCUCGGCUGAAAAGACAGCUGCGGCCGUCGACGAUACUCUGCAACGGCUGGAAGUGGAGUACGUCGAUUUAAUUCAGGUCCACGACGCGACCUUCGCAUCGGAUAUAAACGUGAUCCUGAAGGAGACGCUACCGGCGCUGGAGCAGGCUGUGCGAGACGGCAAGGCGCGUUAUAUCGGCAUCGCGGACUACGACAUCGAGCUCAUGCAGGAGAUCGUCGAGGAGUCCGACGUAAAGAUAUCUGCUGUCCUCUCCUACGCCAAGUCGACGCUCUUUGAUAAUCGCUUGCAAAACUAUGUCAAGUAUUUCAAGAGCAAGGGAGUGGGAGUAAUCAACGCCGCAGCCACAGGCAUGGGCCUCCUGUGCAACAUGGGUCCGCAGCCUUGGCAUCCGGCAAGCGACGACGUCAAAGCGAUCUGUCGCGAGGCGUCUGAAUUUUGCAAAGCACAUAAUGUCGAACUGGCUCGCUUGGCGACUUGGUUCACUAUUAGCCAGCCCGGCAUUGACUGCAACGUCUGUGGCUUCACCACCACCGAGCAAAUGAAUGACACUCUUGAUUUGUUUGAGACGGGCCUCACAGCACACGAACAAAGCGUGCUUGUAGAAGUACAGUCACGGUUUUUUGAUAAGGGGAUCCUCCAUUGGGAUAACAUUGAGUUGUCCGACUACCGGGCGAAACUGGAUGAAGUCCAGGCUCCAUGAAAUAGAGUAACAAGAGAAAUUCUGUUGUCCAUGUUGUCAAAUGUAGAGGUAUACAUCU